AUGGUGCAUAUCACGCUUGGCCAGGCCAUCUGGGCUUCAGUCAAGCCAAUCAUCAAAAUAUACCUCAUUAUAGGCGUGGGGUUCCUUCUCGCUAAAUUGAAUAUACUGACUGCAGAGGCUACCCGGUACAUAUCAGACAUUGUCCUUACUGUCCUGCUGCCCUGUCUGGCCUUCAACAAGAUCGUGGCUAAUAUAGAGGAUCAGGAUAUCAAAUCGGUCGGUAUUAUAUGUCUUACCUCGGUGAUCCUGUUUUUGACCGGUUUGUUCUUCGCAUACGUAGUGAGGAGAUGUUUGUGGGUCCCGAAAGAAUGGGGUGGGGGGAUCCUCGCUGGUGGGAUGUUCCCCAAUAUAUCGGAUCUUCCUAUCGCUUACAUCCAAACUAUGGACCAAGGGUUUAUCUUCACCCCAGAGGAAGGUGAAAAGGGGGUUGCUAAUGUCAUUAUCUUCUUGGCGAUGUUUCUCAUCUGCGUGUUUAACCUAGGUGGGUUUAGACUCAUAGAGAACGAUUUCCAUUACCAUGACGAGGAAAACGGGAUUAGAGAUUCGGAAAUGGUACAUUCUAUCUCUUCCGGUAGUAGCAUGACCCACAGUUCAGAAAAUGGACAAGAUAUGGAUGAAAGUGCGAGUAAUUUUUCUCCAAAGGAGCUGCCCCAGAAUUCAUCAGAGGAGGACGAUAUAGACGAGAAGUCUCAACCAAACCAGAGACUGCCCUCCAAAGAUAAUGGCCACGAGAAGAUCAUACCGCAUUCACAGUCCUCCAGUGACACACCUGUCGACCCACUGCAACAACCUGUCGUGGCACACACUCGCGGCGGGCAACAGUCCAAUCCAGCGUUAAACUCGUCUCCCAGUCUACGCACCACGGAGUCCCUUCCUGGGUCCUCCAUCAUAACACCUAUUUUCUCAGACGAGGCAUCCCUGUCCUCAGACUUGGCAGGAAGAACGUUGUCACAACCAAUCGCUUACACAUCACAGGAGGACGCGUAUCGUCUAGACAGAGAUUACCACCACCAUCAUCACAGACACCAAAAUCAAAGCAGGGACAGUGAACUCUACAGUGGUAAUGCACAACACUUACAUCCAAACUUCCCCUACACGUACCAACAGAACGAACUUAACAGAUCAGUGUCGAUAAGGUCCAUCGAUACAAGAGACCUCCCAGCGCAAAACAUGCAAGAUAUCAUCCACGAAUACUCGAACGUUGACCAAUACGGGAAGAGAAGACGGUCCUCGGUCACCUCGGAUGUACUAUCCGCGCACAUAUCGGCAACUGGGUCCCAGUCGUCCGCGCUACAGAGGAUCAAAACGGCAAACCUGACCAAGAUCCUUACAUCAGACGCAACUGUCUCCAAGAAGGAUAUCUCCGAGUCCGGAUCCUCACUACCAAACUGGCUACGGAAAUUCCCACUGACCCCCUUCAUCGUAUUCUUCAUCAAAAAUUGUUUGAGGCCAUGCUCAAUGGCAGUGAUCCUCGCCCUGAUAAUAGCAUUUAUUCCAUGGGUGAAGGCUCUGUUCGUCACCACGAAACACACACCGAAGAUUAAACAGGCCCCGGAUCAACAACCGGCACUCAGCUUCUUCAUGGAUUUCUCAGCGUACAUCGGUGCGGCAUCUGUGCCCUUCGGUCUAAUGCUGCUUGGUGCAACCCUUGGGAGACUGAAAAUCGGGAAAUUGUACCCUGGUUUCUGGAAAUCAGCAUGUGUGCUGGUGUUCUUGAGACAGUGUAUCAUGCCCAUCUUCGGUGUCCUGUGGUGUGACAGAUUGGUCAAAGCAGGUUGGUUAAAUUGGGAAAGCGACAAGAUGUUGCUCUUUGUCAUCGCCAUUACAUGGGACUUGCCCACCAUGACUACACUGAUCUACUUUACAGCAUCGUAUACUCCGGUGGACGCAACAAAUCCAAUACAGAUGGAGUGUGUAUCGUUCUUUCUGAUGAUCCAAUACCCGCUCAUGGUUGUAAGUCUGCCUUUCUUAGUGUCAUACUUUUUAAAGGUUCAAAUGAAACUGUAA